CAGGCUAAUAAACAGGGACAAAGAAAAAAUACAUGCAGUGAGUGUGGAAAAACCUUCUCUCACAGCUCAGCCCUUUCUGUACAUCAGAGAAUCCACACAGGGGACAGGCCCUAUGAAUGCACUGAGUGUGGGAAAACCUUCAAUCGCAGUUCGCACCUUAUUAGUGAUCAAACAAUCCACAGAGGAGAGAGGCCCUAUGAAUGCCAUGAGUGUGGGAAAUGCUUCACUAGCAGCUCAAACCUUUCUCAACAUCAGAGAAUCCACACAGAGGAGAGGCCCUUUGAAUGCAGUGAGUGUGGGAAAUGCUUCACUAGCAGCUCGGCCCUUUCUGUUCAUCAGAGAAUCCACACAGGGGAGAGGCCCUUUGAAUGCCGUGAGUGUGGGAAAAGCUUCACUAGCAGCUCAGACCUUUCUCAACAUCAGAUAAUCCACACAGGGGAGAGACCCUUUGAAUGCCGUGAGUGUGGGAAAAGCUUCACUAGCAGCUCAGACCUUUCUCAACAUCAGAGAAUCCACACAGGGGAG